AUCGCGUGGUUGCUCUAUUUUAAGUUCCCUCCUCAAGUGUCGAGUACUCUCUCUCGCUCUCUCUCUCUCUCUCUCUCUCUCUCUGACGGUUCUGUGGUGGUUCUUCUGGGCGCCAGGCGGAGGCGGGGAAGAGGAAGGCGUUCUUCGUCCUAAGCCCUAAUUUUCCUUUUGAAGGGAUCGGUUUCGUGAUCGGUUGCGAGCGGUGGGCCGCGCUUCGCCCUCCGAAUUUCAGGCAUUUGUGGCUGAUCUUUUGUUUAUCAGGUUGAACGAUAUUUAUAGUCGAGAGGCAAAAUAAUUCAAGUUAUAAUGGAAUCCCAAGAAGCUCCAGCAGUCUCUGUGAAAAGAUUGGAGUUGACACCGAAGGCCCUUAUCCACCACAAGUAUGGUAGAACGGCAUGCUAUCGUAUUGAGGAAGUAAAGCAACAUGUUGAAAAUGAUUGCCCAGGGUUGGUUAUUCCGCAGCAGUUCAGGAGUUUGUAUCGCUGCCAUCUGGAUCUUCCAGACUUGUCUUUUACUUCGGAUAUGUUUCCAAAAAAGAAAGAUGCUGAGCAGGCCGCUGCAAAAAUUGCUAUUGAAAAGCUGGGUAUUCACUCUACGUCUGCAACAAAUGAUCUUACACCAGAGGGAGCAUCAUAUGAAUUAGUUGCACGCAUUUCUGGCUUGUUCACUGAUGAGUUCCUUUCAUCAACUCAUCCAUUAACUGGUCAUUUUGGAGUUGCAUUUGGAGUGAUGAGAGAGCACUUUGGUAUGAUUCCCAUAUCUGCCAUUACCACAUGCGAUGUAAAGGUUCAUAAUUUAUGUAAAGUCAUCAAUUCCAAGGCAGAAUCAGAUCCUCUCUUGGUUUCAUCACUCAUCUUGAACGCUGCCAGAAAGUGUUCUUCCCUAUGUACAGCUACUGAUGAAUUAUGGAUAUGGAAGGAAGCUCCAUAUUCUCCUGAGGCUAUAGCAUCAGUAAUUAAUCAUCAUUCAGAGUCUCUAGGGUGUGUACAGAUAAAAGCAUUACGUAUUCCCUGCUCUAUUGAAGAAAAUGUUGAAGCACUGACCCUUGACGUCUCUAAUGAACAUUACUACUUGGAUUUAAUUGCUCAGAAGUUGAAUGUCAAGGAUUCUUCUCGGGUUCUUGUUUCAAGGACAGUUGGCAAGGCUUCUUCAGAGAUGAAGGUAUACUUCCCCUAUCCAGAAGUUCCUCACUUUUCAGAUUCUUCAUCUGGUCUUAAGACAAGUUCAGAAGGUAAAGUGAGUAUUGAACCAAUAAUUAAUCAAAGAGCUUCAUAUCUCUCUGGCCAAGAUAUAUAUGGAGAUGCCAUCUUAGCUAACAUUGGAUACACAUGGAAGUCUCCAUAUCUUUUCUAUGAAGAUGUCUCUCUAUGUACCUAUUACAGGAUGCUUCUUGCAAAGUUCCCUGAUGGGCACUAUAAGUUAUCUAGAGAAGCAAUUCUUGCAGCUGAAUUACCCACUGCGUACACUGGGCGUUCAAACUGGAAGGGCCUUGCCCCAAGGGAUCUCCUCUAUGCUUUUUGCCGUCUACACAAGUUCUCAGAGCCUGUUUUUUCUAUUACAAGAAUUAAUGCAGAUGCUUCCUUAUCAGUUACUCAAAGGAAAUCUAAUUCAUCAAAGCCAACUGAUGAAGUUGAUAUUGCAAAUGGAGAUGUUUCUGAUGUUGGGGAAAAAAACCUGGACAACUCGAGUAUUUUCAGGUGCGAAGUGAAGAUACUGUCAAGAAGACUGGAACCAAUAGUUGAAGGUUCUUUUACUGAUACUUACAGGAAAGAGUCUGAUGCCAUUCAGUGUUCUGCAUUAAAAGUUCUUCUUUGGUUUGACAAGUACUUUAAACAACUAGACAUGCCUGUGGAGGUAUUGUCCUCUUCUGGACAUGCUCAUGGUAUUAUCGUGCAUGCAGAAAAUCUUUCUCAUGAAUUUGCUAUGUGCUCAUCUAUUUUCGGAUCUACGAAGAAUGACAACCUAAGAGAGUGUAGUUCACUGGAAUCAUUUUGCAAGUAUUAUCCAAACGGGAAAGAGGAGAAUGGAAUGGUUGUUUUAAAUAUUGAAGGUCCAGAUUCUGGUGUCUUCCCAUCGCCUGGAUCUUUAAUAUGCAUAAGUUAUGCUGUUGCAUUGGUAAAGAUUGGAGAUCCUGUAAAAGAUCACUUGGAAGGUAAAGAUGAGUUUGAGUUUGAGGUAGGGACUGAUGCUGUAAUCCACCAGCUUGAAGCAUGUGCAACUCAGUUGUCUGUCAAUCAAUCUGCACAUUUUGUCAUAGACAUGCCUUCUAGGGACCUGAUAUUGGCUGCAGCUGGCGACGCUAUUAAAGAUCUUUCUAAGCUACCUCUGUACAAUUGCUUUCUGGAGUACUCAGUAAAGGUUUUGCGGGUACCUGAACCUUUAGAAGACAGAAUGGAGAAGGCUUUGUUCAGUCCUUCUCUAUCAAAACAGCGCAUUGAGUUUGCAGUUCAGCACAUCAAUGAAUGUAGUGCUGCCACUUUGGUGGAUUUUGGAUGUGGAUCAGGUAGCCUGCUUAAUUCUUUAUUGGAGCAUACAACGACUUUAGAGAAGAUUGUUGGUGUGGAUAUCUCUCAGAAGAGCCUUGCACGUGCUGCAAAGAUUUUACAUCAAAAGCUAAGCCUAAAUUCUGGCGUGCCCACAAGCAUCAGACAAGCUGUGCUUUAUGAUGGAUCGAUUACGGUUUAUGACUCCCGUUUAUCUGGGUUUGACAUUGGCACUUGUUUAGAGGUGAUUGAGCAUAUGGAAGAAGAUCAGGCAUUCUUAUUUGGUGAUGUUGUGUUGAGUUCUUUCUGCCCAAGAAUACUCGUAGUUUCAACACCCAACUAUGAGUACAACUCCAUUCUUCAGAGAUCAGCUGUGCCCACCACGGAAGAGAAUACAGCACCUUGCAAGUUUCGCAACCAUGAUCACAAGUUCGAGUGGACAAGAGAGCAGUUUGAAUGUUGGGCCACUGAUAUUGCACUUAGGCACAACUAUAGUGUUGAAUUUAGUGGGGUUGGUGGAUCAUCAGAUGUGGAACCAGGUUUUGCUUCGCAGAUCGCCAUCUUCAGAAGAAGCUCUUUCAAUACAGCAGAAACAUACUCCAAAACAGAGGACUCAUCUCAACCCUAUGAACUAAUAUGGGAAUGGGCUGACAGAACACCACAGCCAACAUUUGAAGUAGAAGUCGAGAGGUCAGCUGAGAGUGUUCGGACUGACCUGGGAGAAACCAAUGAGAGACUUCAUUUGGGGAUGAAAAGGAUGAGGCAGUCCAGUCCACCACUCUCCACCGCAACAGAGAUGCACAAACCAAAGGAUCCGAUGAUGAGUCAUACUAGUUGAGCCUAAUCGAAUUGAAUUGAACCAGUGAAGCAUGUAGUUGAUUCUAUGUUAGAUCAGCAAUAUUAUCACCUUAUACCUCCCAAAUGACAAAGUUUGUAUAUGCAAAUUCAGGUUUUUGUUUUUUCCUCACUUUUUGUUGAGCAUUUAGUAGUCUACAGGAGUUGGAACAGAUUACAGUUGUUCCUGAAGUAUACUACUUCUCAGGGGCAACAAUGAAAACAGAUGUGCAGCUGAGCUACAUGUAGUAACUUGAUUUAUGAAUGACUAGCAUAGAUAGGGUUGGAAUUGCA